AUGUGGUGUGGGAGGGACUUCCACGCCAUGGAUGCUUCACGCUCGCCAGCUGCGAGUGAGACGCGCAGUAACAGACAAGACACCAACCAGGCUUCAUUCAUAUCGAACCAAAAGAGACACGAUACUUGUUACAACCAAGUCACAAUUCGCAGCAAAAUGCCACGGCGGCCAUCGCUCGACCCUACAUCACCUGAGAGCAUGGGGUUUCCUGCAACUGACCCGAUCCCAAUUGCUACGCUCGACAAGAAAGGCAAGCGACGAGCAGAUGCACCUCCACCCUGUCCAUCACCAAGAAAGCGACCAAACUCUUUGCGAAGAAGAUCCCGAAAACCCUCGGGCGGCGCUGGAUCAUCAAGAGUUAAUGGUGGAGGGGACCGCCAAGACGACGAGGAUGAAGGUGAUGACAGCGAGGGCCCGGGCGAUGAUCCUACCGCAAGCCCGGGCGGCGACCGCUACUGGGCGUGCCCUUUCUAUAAGUGGAAGCCGUAUAAGUACUACCGAUGUCACGGUAAAUACGAGCUCCGCCGCCCGGGAGACGUGAAGCUUCACAUGCUCAGAUGCCACGCCCUGCUGCAGUAUUACUGCCAGAAUUGCUGGCAGGAAUGGGGGGACGAGCAAUCGUGGGAAGCUCACCACCGGCCAUCGAGGCGUUGCAGCACAAGGACAAGGCCAGAUGAGCUGGACCCAAGGGAGGCUGCGCUUCUCAAGACAAUGCCUCGCGGUCUCAAGGAACUGGAUAAAUGGUACUGGAUGUGGGACACUCUGUUCCCCGGCCACCAGCCUCCCGACUCACCUUAUGUGAUGGAGGGUAUUGGCGAGCCUGCGACUGUGAUUUACCGCGACGUUCAGCUGGCACUCGAGAGGGAGCUGCCGCAAGUUAUUCAAGAGACCCUCUCCAUCUCCAUGAGUUCUUCUCAGGCGGCCUUGGUUGCAGGCUGGAUCUUCUCCUUGGUGUCGACUGCGCCUCAAAAUGAGCCCCAGGGGCCAAGGACAUUGGCAGGGUCUGAGGAAGUCAGUGUCCAGGAUAGGAUCCCAAACGAAAGAUCGUAUGCUGCUACGCGCCACUCGGCCCAUACUUUGGGAAAUAUGGCGACACCGCUCCAUUACUUGGAGUAUCGCGCCCAAGACCAGACCGAGCAUGAACAUGACGCCGGCCCAAGCAAUCUGCCAUACUUUCACGACGUCCCGCAACUUACCGUCGAUGCUCCAGCGGAGCCUGCAGAGGAUUGCGCCUAUGAAUACUCACAAGCUGGAAGCUAUGAUGUCAAUGAGCGGUACUAUCUUAACUCACUGGGGCUCGAGGAUAUGAAUUUUGCAACUUCACCAGUCUCGAACCAAGGCACAUUCUUCCCAGAGAGGUUUGAUGCUGGAACGGGAUCUGAGGUGGGCGAAAGUUUGAUGCAGAGGAUGGAGAUGAGGCCCCCCGCCGACCAUGGAGAGUCACCUUUUGGAUCCUGGCAAGAUAACGGUGGAAUGAUUCCUGGAAAUGCUUGUUUUUGUGGCGCAGGGAUGCCAUGUGUCUGUCUUCAUAAAUACUACUGA